AUGCCACCAGCUUCCGCAUCCAAGGCUAAAAGAGAGGCCAAGAAGGCCGAGAGAGACGCCAAGAGAGCCGCAGAGGGCAAAACUAUCCGUGCUUCCAAGAAGAAAGACGAUUCUGAAGAUGAAGCCGAUGCCACUGCUCGUGAAGUGGCCCAAAUGAAACUACAACUGGACAAAGACGGUAUUUCUGACCGUGUCGUCACCGGUGUGUUGGACUCGCUCACAACCUCCCGUGAUGUCAAACUAUCGUCUGUCUCGCUACUUUUCCACGGUAAAGUCCUAAUCCAGGACUCACAGCUGGAACUCAACUACGGCCGUCGUUACGGUCUACUGGGUGAAAACGGUUGCGGUAAGUCUACUUUCCUAAAAUCUUUAGCCACCCGUGAAUACCCAAUCCCCGAGCACAUCGACGUCUAUCUACUUGAUGAGCCCGCUGAGCCAUCCGAGUACUCUGCUCUGGAAUACGUGGUCACUGAAGCUCAAAACGAACUAAAGCGUCUCGAAGACCUUGUUGAAAAAACUAUCAUUGAAGAUGGUCCCGAAUCUGACGUUUUGGAGGGUAUCUACGAACGUAUGGACUCAUUGGACCCUUCGACUUUCGAAAGCAGAGCUGCCGUUAUUUUGAUUGGUUUGGGUUUCAACUCCAAGACUAUUAACAAGAAAACUAAGGACAUGUCUGGUGGUUGGAAAAUGCGUGUCGCAUUGGCCAAGGCAUUGUUCGUCAAGCCAACUCUGUUGUUGCUAGAUGACCCAACUGCCCAUUUGGAUCUAGAGGCCUGUGUGUGGUUGGAAGAAUAUUUGAAGAGAUUUGACAGGACUUUAGUUUUGGUUUCGCACUCCCAGGAUUUCUUGAACGGUGUCUGUAGCAACAUGAUAGACAUGCGUAUGCAAAGAUUAAUUGCUUACGGUGGUAACUUCGAUUCCUAUGUCAAGACCCGUAGCGAACAGGAAACCAAUCAAAUGAAACAGUACGCUAAACAGCAAGAAGAAAUUGCCCAUAUUAAGAAGUUCAUUGCUUCCGCUGGUACUUAUGCCAACUUGGUCAGACAGGCAAAAUCUAGACAAAAAAUUUUGGAUAAGAUGGAAGCUGAUGGUCUGAUUGAGCCUGUUGUCCCAGAUAAGGUCUUUUCUUUCCGUUUCCCAGAGGUCGAAAGAUUGCCACCUCCUGUUUUGGCUUUCGACGAUAUCUCUUUCGCCUAUGACGGCAAAGCUGAAAACAAUCUAUAUGAACAUUUGAACUUCGGUGUGGAUAUGGAUUCCAGAGUUGCACUUGUUGGGCCUAAUGGUGUGGGUAAAUCCACCCUGUUGAAGAUUAUGACCGGUGAUCUAUCUGCUCAAUCUGGUCGUGUUUCUCGUCACACCCAUGUCAAACUCGGUGUCUACUCUCAGCAUUCUCAAGAUCAGUUGGAUCUAAGUAAAACUCCUUUAGAAUUCGUGCGUGACAAACAUUCUAACAUUUCUCAGGACUUCCAGUACUGGAGAGGGCAGUUAGGUCGCUACGGUUUGACCGGUGAGGCCCAGACAUCACAAAUGGGUACUUUGUCUGAAGGGCAACGUUCUCGUGUGGUUUUCGCCUUGUUGGCUCUACAGGCUCCAAAUGUAUUGCUGCUGGAUGAACCUACCAACGGUUUAGACAUUGCUACCAUCGACUCAUUGGCUGAGGCUAUCAAUGAUUUCAACGGUGGUGUAGUGGUGGUUUCCCACGAUUUCAGAUUGUUGGACAAGAUUGCACAGGACAUUUUCGUUGUUGAAAACAAGACUGCCACUAGAUGGGAUGGUUCUAUCUUGGAUUACAAGAACAAGCUGGCGAAGAAUGUCGUUUUAUAA